CCAUACGCGUAUUUUAUUGGGUGACUGUCAAGAAACCGAGUGCAAGUCUAGCGCGAAAUUUUCUCAUUUUCUUCCUUAAUUACUUGUUUUCUCCCUUUAAUUCACAAUCUAAUCCCAGGAAGAAUCAGUGAAGUGGGCAGUUGGCGUUGAAAAGCCACUGCCGGUGCUUCCUUGUGCCAUAUUUUGCGGUAAAAAUGAAAGUGUCGGCAAACAAAACAAUGUCAUGCGGCGGCGAAGGCAGUGUGAAUGAACUUAAUCAAGACAUGCUGGGAAAUAACGGGCUUCCUUAUCAUCACACACAUUUUCGGUGCGAGUCUGCUGUGGAAAUGGAACAUAGCUAUUCUCGUGAUUGGAGGCCUGCAGAAAACAGCAAAGUCAUGUCAACGAGAACUAUUAUGGUCAACAGAGCACCACAGUGCCCCUCGUGUCACGUACACGCCAACGAUGAGGGAAUUGAUGUCGAUGAGCAGCACAAGUCGUCGGCUCUGCCGUAUGACGAGGAUGAGGCCAUGAAAGCCAUGGAGUACACAACGCAGAUUGCCUACUGUGUGAAGAACAGCAAUCCCGAUGAGGACGACUGGGAGGAGAAAGUUAACAAAUUCGGUUGGACGGUGGUGCAGCAGAAUCUCUUUGCUAAAGUUGCCAACAUUCUCGAUCUCGAUCGGCUGGCACGUCUAGCGCGAAAGAGUCGCGAGCACGAGUCUGUCUUCCGGAGGGCAGAUAUCGACAAGAGUUGCCAGAGAAUGCGACAGGCACUUGCUGCUGUUAACUGGGACGUCAGGCUAACGCAGUGGCUUCAUGGUGUACUCAUGGAGCAUCUCCCGCCGUGCUACAUGAGCCUCUAUCUCGAUAUCUUGCAAACACUCAAGGCAAAGCUACCAGCCAUGGUGGACAAGAUGAUCUUUGGUCGUACCAGUCAUGGUAUGCAUGAAAUUAUGGGACCCGUGAUGAAGGAACCGUGGGAACCAAAGAUUAAUCACAAAAAUCGUAAACUGCCCAAUCAGCCAAUAAUUAUAAUUCUCCCAAAUGGACCAUCCGUGAGUCCCGCAAGCAAUAGAAUGCAGAAAUGGUUUGCUCUUUUUGCCACAAUGGGCUCCGUAGUGCCGAUUGCAAUCCAUGCUGGCGGUGUGGCAAUUCAGAAGCAAAAUAUGCAGACAGUCGUUGAGCAACUUGUCACAGUUUCACGGGCAAAAAUUCAAGAUAUUCGUGCUGAAUCCCCGGGGAGACCAAUCAUUCUUGUGGGAUUCAAUUCAGGGGCUGCAUUGGCACUACAAAUUGGUGUUUUGGAGUCAGCCAGCUCGAUUGUUUGCAUGGGAUUUGCCUACAAUACCAUGCAGGGUAUCCGGGGGUGUCCUGAUGAUCAAAUUCAAGAGAUCACAACGCCAAUAUUGUUUGUAAUUGGGCAGAAUUCAGCACGAACAAGUCAGGAAGAGAUUGAGUCUCUGCGUGAGAAUAUGAUAGCUCAAACGAGUUUAGUGAUUGUGGGUUCAGCCGAUGAUGCCCUGCGUGUGAAUACGAAGAAGAGGCGCAUUGAGAAGGUUACGCAGGCCAUGGUAGAUAAUAUGGUAAUGGAUGAGGUGGCUGAAUUUGCGACAUCGUGCUUAAUUAAUCCUCCUGGUCCGCGCCAGCUGCCAGGUGGAGGACUCAAUCAAUCAUCCGUGGCUACACCCAAUGGGGUGAAUACCAUCACAACAGCACGUAAAAGGAAGAUUACGGGUGAUUCAGAGAAUGGAGGUGAUGAAAAACCCAGUCCGACAAAGACUCCCCGUCCUGUUGGACGUCCCAGGCUGAAUAAUAAGCCCAUUCCGGGGAAGACACCCAAGAAACCGAUUCCCACAAGUGGAAUUCUUCAGCCAUCGAGUGAGGCUCUUGAUAUUGCUAUUCAGAGUAUUUUGCCACAGGAGGGAAUUACCGAAUUGGUACCUCCGGAUGCACUUCCUACUCAUGGAGAUAUUGUUAAGACAAAAUCACCCAUUAUGACGUCCUAUGAGAUCGUUCAGGGGAAGAUUACGCAAAAAGUAGAGUACAAACCCAUUAUUCCAAGUGGAGCUGUUAGUAGUUUGGUAUCUGGGAGAGCUCCGAAUUCCACAACGGUUUCAGGCGUUGGAGGAACACCCAUUGUCUUACCCAUGAUACAGAGACCCAAAGUGAAGAUGGUACCGCCGAAUCAAUUUGUGCAGCUCAAGCCGGGAAGUAUGGAGAAUGUGGGAACAACAUCGCAGGUGUUCACAAUAAAGAGCGGAAGUACCGUUGCCACACCCACAAAGACGCCUCAAUUGUACACGAUAAAGACAUCCACGGGCAAUAAGGUGAUCUCAAUGAAGAAACAAUCCCCACAGGCGCCUCAGUUGGUUACAGUGUCCUCAAGUGGUUUGCCCAACAAGUUCACAAUCAUGAAGACCACAAAACCAAUGAUUACAUCCAGUAGUGCCGAAAAAUCCCAACCAGACUUAUCCAGUACUAACAUCUUCGACAUCCCCAUUGUUUUUGCGGAUAAUGAGGGUAAUAUUCAUGAAUCUGAUGCAUCCACUGAAGAUGCAGAUCUCUCAAAUGAGAGCGCAAUCAUUGUUAGUCCUAAGAAGGAUUCAGAAACGUCCAAUACGAGAAUUAUAAAUCUCGUUCCCGCCACAAAGGCAGGUGUUGGAAGUAGUGGUAAACAGGUGGUGUUUAUCAAUCGCAACACAAUGAAUAUGAAGCCAAAUAUCAUCUCAAAGAAUGUCCCACCACUCAAGUAUACAAAAGUUGUGGUUUCAUCAGCAGGAGGACAAUCGAGCUUCAGGCAAAUUAAUUCCGGAACUCCCGUGGUAACGAGUAGUAUGCAAAUUGUUGGGAAUAAAGUUGUCAAAGUGAAGGCGAGUGACAUCGAACGGAGUGGCGUCAUGACAUCCACCAAGCCCAUUGCAACGUCUAAACUUCAGCCCAUCAUUAUUAAUGUGGAUUCAGAUAAGGCAGGAAGAUCCACCACCGGAGAGGGUACAACAAAAAUACCACACACAAUCUACGUAAAGCCAAGCGGUGCCAUAAGGCAGAUUCCGGGGAUUCUCAAUAAGAAUCUCACGGUGAAGAAACUCGUAAAUAUUGUUCAGCAGAAUAAGAAUCGACCUGAUGCACCGUCAGAGUAGUUUGUGGAUCAUUUUGGAAUUUUGUGAAAGCUUUUCUUUGUUGCAAAAAUAAAAAUGUAUUAAAUAAUAGAUCUGGAUCAACUAA